AUGGCCCCAACAUUGAGUUUACAGGACAAAAUAGAGCUAGUACUGAUAUGCGGUGAUCAUUAUUGCAGUACUAGAGAAGCAGCGGAAAUUUUCAAUGGAAGACAUCCAGGCAGAAACCUAUGCUUCACAGCAGUUGCGAAAGUUUUGAAAAAGUUCAAAAGUACUGGUUCAGUUGAAAACCGAUACAGUAAAACUCCGCAUACACCUCCCGUAACUUCAAAAGAAGAGAAUGUUUACAAUAUCGUAUUGAAUGUCACCGAAACGCCAAGAGUGUCGACGCAUGUCAUUUCGGACAACACAGAAGUUACUAAAACCUCCAUGAGCCGAAUUUUAAAAAAUAAUAAUUUCCGUCCGUAUAGACCAAAAUUUGAUUUGAUUUUUGUGAAUGGUACCAGGGAAUGUUACAAGAAAAUCGUAAUUUCUCGAGAAAUGUGCUUUUUUUCCGACGAAGCUACUUUCAGUUCGAAUGGUGUGGUUAGUUCCCAGAAUUGCAGGUGGUAG